AUGAAGUGGCUCAGCUUAUUUUGGUUACCUCUCGUUGCUGGAUGCAAAAGAACAAAGUUCACCAAAGAAGAUGGAAUGGCUUUAAAGAAUCACGUGAUAGAAACUGUCACGGUAUUUCAACCGGUAGCUUGUCACUGGCAAUGUGUGGACUCUCCUCUGUGUUUCUCUGUGAACAUCAGAAAGCAACUAAAUGGGUGGGUCACGUGUGAGCUGAACAAUUCCAGCAAAACCGCUGACCCACAAGAUUUGGUUCCGAGCAUCGGAAGCCAGUACCAUCAAAUGAAGGUAAGCAGGGAAAACCCAGUUCUUCAGUCAUGUCAAUAUCAACAAUCUUUUUGUUUGGCAAUACAUACAUUAUGGAAAAAGAACCAUGGAACAUCCACUCGUAGAUUGACUGGUUUUAUCUACGAAGUUAGUAAGACAGGUUGCAUAUUUUCAUUACAAGUGUUCAGAAAUAUUUCGUUACCUUUAAAACAUGCCAGGCUUCCAUUCCUUGCCGUAUUGGAGUGUCUUUCCGAGUUAAUUAAACCCUUUAACUCUCAGAGGUAAUUCACAUGUAACUUUUCCCUACAAAUCCAAACACCAUCCCGCUAACAGGCAAUGAGAAUACUCAAAUAUACCAGGUAGAAGUUGUUACCCUUAUCUAACACAUAAUUCUCCCAACUAAUUUAGAAGGAAAUGUGUAGCAGCUAGAAGGGAGAAUGAACGAUCAGAUCUUAGGAGUUAAAGGGUAAAAUGCAACGCAAGCCACUCAGAAUGACACAUUAUCACACAUCCUUUAUCAUUGAUACCUUGAACCAUUUUAAUCUCUCACCCAAUGAUUGAAUGUUCCAUGACUCAAAAUAAAUUGAAUCAGUUUUAUUGUAUUUGUUGUAGGAACCUUCACGCUGCACCUUGGAAGAAUGUACCAACAAAGACGGUAAUUUCUCAUAUAUGAAUUAUCGAAAGUCCUCAUUUUUACUUACUAAAAUAUCUUGAAAUAUCUCUUAGCCCUACCGGAUGGUUGGCUUAUGUUUGGGUCAAAACGCAUCAAGUUGUUUCACGAAAGAAAAACUUGGGGACAGGCAAAAAAGUUCUGUAGUUCAAUUGGUGGAGAGCUGGUGUCAAUCAUACGUGCGUAUGAAAAUGAGAUUGUCGCCAAUUUAAUCGGUCAAGUCAACACGAGUGCAGCAGGUAAAAAAUUCAAUUUCUUGGGAAAUUGGCUUCCUUUUUGUGUCAGUGUUGUGAAACGAAAACCAUGGUAAUAACAACAGCAAAUCAAGGAAAGAAAAAUUUCACGGGGAGUCGAUGGGUACUCAAAGUAAAGACAAGAACGCUUGAAGCGCGGGAAAAUACGAGUGACCAUCGGUCGAUUGGUAUUAAAUUUCAAUCUGAUUGGUUUAAGGGAUCGUGCGAGAUUUCUGGACCAAACGUGAAACGACCUGAACCAAAACCAGUGUUCACUAAUUACUCUCGGCAUUCCAUUGAAAAUUUCUCCAUUAAGAGUUAAGCGAUUGCUGUGUGUGUUGAUCAAACGUGUCAAAGAAACCUUGCUGAAAACUGAUUUCAGUUUCAAUUAGGAAACUGUAUAAAGAAUAAAACUAAUGGGUUUUGUUAUGACUCUAAUCGUAAACGUAAUCUAAACGUAAAAUGUUUUAAGUUUCACCUAUAGUUCUUUAAUUUUGUUUUCACCUUUGGGAAAAAAAAACUCUUGUUCCACCUUCCCUCUCCUAAUCAAUGAUAAUCAUCUUGACCCUUUAACUCACAGAAUUUAUUUCUCCCCUCUAGCUGGUACACAAUUCAUUGUAAAUGAGUUAAGAGAAUUUAGUGUAAACUCAAGAUAACAACUUUUAUCUGAUAAGUAUUAGUAUUUACAUGACCCGGAGAAAUUGCAUGUUAAUCACUUCUGGGAGUUAAUUUGUUAAAUAUUGUUGAAUUCAGUAUUGUUCACAUAAAUCGUAUCAUGCAAUUCAAGGUGAAAAGCCUUAUCACAUCAUAGCACGCUGGCUUUUGGAUGGAACUGACAAUGACGUCAGGUGAGAUGUGAAAAAAGCAAAGCAUUCCCCUGUCUCUUCAUUUCAUCACUAUUACAUAACUAAGUGGAAUUAACUGCUCUAAUUUCUAACCGAUUUUGAUGACCGAUCAUUUUGUAUCAGAAAUUAUAAAGUUCUUUUAAAACAAUUCUCUCUGCUAUAUUAUAUCACUGUUUCAGUAUCUAAUAAAACAACUAUUUACCUCAGUGUCAGUGGCUGGCGGGGGGUAUUUAUCUCCCCGCCUCGCAGCUCAAUAAAUAUCCACCACUAGCCAACUUGACUUCGGUUAUUAGUUUCUAAAUAUAAAAGAGUAUUCAAAUAGGUUGUUGAAAUUGUCACAGUAAAUAUUUUUUUUGUUUUCAAAGCCUCUUCAAUGGAGCAAGGUACGAGAAGGACAACGAUACAAAAACGGACGACGAUGAAAAGUCCGACGACGAUGACGACGACGAUGAAAAGUCCGACGACGAUGACGACGACGAUGAAAAGUCCGACGACGAUGACGACGACGAUGACGACGACGAUGAAAAGUCCGACGACGAUGACGAUGAUGAAAAGUCCGACGACGAUGAAAAGUCGGACAACGGCGAAAAGUCGUUGUACUUGAACGGAGCGGGUGCCCACGCUACGACCCCAGCGGUUAACUUUAACAAGACUAGUUUUACCAUGGCCAGCUGGGUGAAACUUCAAACGCCUGUCAAUGAUCCGUCACCUAUUUACACCGACUGGAAAAAUGAAACUAACUUCCUUUUCAUCGCAUCCGACGGGAGCGCUCAAAACCUACGCUUUGGAGGUUAUAAUCAAAGGACCGGAUGGAAACCAUGGCUUGCAGCGGGGUGAGGAAGGGAAAGGGGUGAUUAAAAGUUAAAAAAUGGCAAAGGCUCCAAAAGUUGGUUCUGUCUAAAUCCAAUUUAUCCAAAAUACGAAUAUUCACUCUAAUAACAGUUUGGAUUAAGGCGCCCCUCGCAUUUCUGCACCUGGUGAAUCCCAGGUUACAUUGUCGAACUGAAAGUGAAGUUCUCUAUUUGUUUUCAUGUUUUGCUGGUCUGAUUCUGAACCACGAUGAUUCAAGUAUGAAAUAAAACUUACCAAUAAAUUGAGCUCUUAAGUCAAUGUAGGUUAUGGAUCGACCUUUUUUUAUCACCUGGGGAGGGGGGGAGAGGAGUCAGAGGAUUUUAGUUGUAUCACUGAUCUCCUCUCAUCGGCAGUCAAUUUCCUAAAGUCUCUUUUUUAAACUCUGUUUGAAACGACUGAUCCCCACUCUGUUCCCUCUGAAAACCACGUGAUCCACCAAAUCCUCUAAACCACACCUCCCCCCCUCCUCCCAAGCUAUGAAACUGGUCCCUUACUAAACGAAUUGCAUCAUACUGUAGAUCUCCACCGACUGACCAAUGGUUUCAUGCCGCAGCGGUCUGGGACCGACAAACAAGCGAGGUUCACUUAUUUCUAAACAGUAGCAAGAUCGGAACUGAGCAGGUACCGAAUGACACAUUCCUUGCGGAAACUUCCUAUGCGACAUAUGAUAUCGGACUGAAGAGAGACAACGGGGGCUGUCUCAGAGGAUAUUUAAAAAAUCUGAUGAUUAUUGGCACAGCUCUUAAUGCGGAAGAGAUCGCCAAUAUUUCAGGUAAAUGGAAAGACAUACUUUUUGUCCUCUUCGACCUACUCAGCAUGAGUUUACGAGGCAAAAAAAAAUUAAAAAAACGGACCCUUCUCUUGUGUCAAAAAUUUUCAGCCUCUCACUUUAAGAGCUAGAGGAGGUGGGCUGGUUAGUAGAGCCCUGGAUAUUAACAAGGGAUCUGAGUUCGAGACAUUGCGGAUCGGAGUCAGUGUGUUGUGUUCUCCAGCGAGAUACUUCACUCUGACAGUCUCUCUCUCUUUCAACCUGGGAGCACAGAUGGAUACUUAUGAAACUUUAGGGAAAUUGGAAGAGCUUUGCGGGCUUUGAGGGCUAACCGCUUGAUGUUAUGAAGACUCAACUUAAACCUUUAAAAACCACUUUUUGACCGUUACAUUGAACAUGUUUAAAAUACAACUUAGAACAACUCGUGCGAAGAGACAAGUACAAUUGCAACUGACAGUUCACACGGAGGUUUUUCUUCUCAUUAUAAUGUAAAUCGUUAUCUAUCAUAACAGACCCUAAGUUUGAAGCAAUUGAUGGUGUUUGGAUCGGCGGAAAUGACAUCACCACAGAGGGGACUUUCCUUUGGCCUAAUGGUAUUCACGUAACAUACACCAACUGGGCUGUCAAUCAACCAGAUAACAGCUAUGGUUACCAGGACUGCGUCGCGAUGAUAAUUUCUAACGGGACCUGGGACGACACAAGCUGCGGGAGGCGACUUCCGUUUAUUUGUGAAAAACAAGCCUAA